AUGUCCUUAUUAGGAAUAUCACAGUGCAUUCAGAAUCAAUCACAAAAUCACUAUAAUCACAAUUGUGCACAAUUGUGCGGAUUGAAUACUCCGCAAUUUAAUAAGAAAAAGGAAAUUACCGAACAUUCCAUUCCGAAUAGCGAUAAUAACAAUGAAAGAGAUAAUAGUAAUCAUAGAGAUAACUG